AUGUCGAACCCAACAGCGAUCAGAAAUGCGACCUUGAUCAUUGGCGUCAUCACUGGUUGGCUAUCUCUUUUGAUUUACGUGUGCAACGUUCAUCGAUCGCGAAAGGCUAGAAAAGCAGUCGCAGAACUGGACCUGACCGACCUUAGCCGAUACGACUUUCCGUCUUCCUCAGACCCUAAGAAGACCUUCAAGACAAUCCAGAAAAAAUGGCAAGAACAUCUCAAAACGAAGGCAGCCAGUCGACAGGAAGAAGAGAAGAGCACUGCCCACGGCGAACCUGUGUGGCUGUCGCUUUGGGCCUUCAGGGGCGAACUACGACACUGGCAACUUCUCUCCCACUGCUAUAAGUACGAAUUGCGGAGAAAGCAACGCCCCAAGCCUGCCCCCGAAGAAUCAGACGGUAGCCUCGACUCCUCUGCCGAUGAACAGACAACCGAAGCCGAGGGCGUCGUCGAACCUAUCGAUGAUGUGACAAACACGUCGGGAUUUGGCAGGUUCUACGAAGCCGCCACCCGCCAGUAUCCGAACUACGCUUCAGAUAUGGAGCAGCGGGACAGAGUGAUUGCAACUCGAGGCAGACCUGACGUCCAGAUCAAAGGCGGCCUCGUGAGCAUUGUGCUCAUCGGGUGGACCGACAAAACCAAAGACCAGGUCGACGAGGCAUUCUGGCAAGUUGAGAAGAACUUUGGAGACUAUCACCUCCUGAACAACAACUGCCAACAUUUUGUGCGAAACCUAGCCGACCUCAUUGUCUCCAAGAAAUCGCAGGACUGGAACUGGUUCCGAAAGAUGUCCUUGAAGAGUUACGGGGAAUACGUCGGCCCGCAAACUCUGGGGACCCCUGGAGGACUUGCUCGAUUAUUGCUGGUGAAACUGACAGCUUUGAGGGCAAGCAAGACCAUGACCGACCCAAUGGCUUUGAGGGUACUAGACGGCCAUAUAUCGGCGCUCAACUCUUACCUCCUUUCUCUGCAUGUGGAGCUUUCUAACGUUUGCAUUGCUUGUGCAUGGAGAGGGGGGCAAGUAGUUGCUGCUGAUCAAGCCGUAAUGCUUGUUUAG